AUGCCUUCCACAGUAAGCCUUAUGUUGCAACUUGCCACCAUUGGUCCUCAAAGUCAUGAAGAAACCAGCACUUCUAGCACAAGUAGGAAACAAAGCUAUAAAGAAGUUAGAACAACACAACUGCAAACCUUGCAACUUGAACAGACUAAAACCGGAUUCAGAACUGUCUCGCAUCGUGUGCAGACAUCACAUGUCUUAGGACGAUCUUUUGGAUUGUCUGAAGAAGCUAAAUGGCCUGAAUCACCAUUCUUGUCAAGUGAGCUUGCAACAGCCAGCCUAAGGAAGCAGCAGCAGCAGCAGUGGCAGCAGCCAAUACAGCUUGAGCUUCCUUAUGGCGACGCUCUUUUCUGCUUUGCUUUCUUGCUUCCUUAA